AUGUCUACAGGUGCACCUGCAGGUUCAAGUGCUGCUGUUGGCAGCAGUCGAAGACUGCAGCAGACACAAAACCAAGUGGAUGAGGUGGUGGACAUCAUGCGUGUUAAUGUGGAUAAGGUGUUGGAAAGAGAUCAGAAGCUCUCUGAGCUAGACGACCGUGCCGACGCACUGCAGGCAGGAGCUUCCCAGUUUGAAACGAGUGCUGCCAAAUUGAAGAGAAAAUAUUGGUGGAAGAAUUGCAAGUUGUGGGCGAUUGGGAUUAGCGUUGUGGUUAUCAUCGUUAUCAUCAUCGUCGUGUGGAGUGUUAGCUCAUGA